AUGUCUUCUCACUUCUCCUCCCACUACCACCUUCUCUCUUUCUCUUCUUCUUCUUCUUCUUCUUCUAAGCAUUUCCCUUUUCCAACUUCUUCUUCUCUAGGUGUUGUGUCGUCCGAGGCUAAAGACAAACAAGGGUUAAGUUGCACAGCUAUAUCCAAAUCACGAACUCAAGAAUAUCCAGAAGUAUUUAACGGUAGCAUAGCAACGUUAAAGUUGCAUGAGAUUAAUGUGGAGGAUGACAUAGAUGAGGAGCAAGAUAUUGGGCGAGUAGAAGCUAUCAAGUCGAUAUUGGGUUCCAUGGAAGAUGGAGAGAUAAGCAUAUCUGCUUAUGACACAGCUUGGGUUGCUCUUGUAGAAGAUGUUCAUGGAAGUGGUGGCCCCCAAUUUCCGUCGAGUCUAGAAUGGAUAGCAAAAGGUCAACUUCCUGAUGGUUCAUGGGGUGAUAGUGAAUUGUUUUCAGCCCAUGACAGGAUUAUUAACACGUUGGCUUGUGUUAUUGCACUAAGAUCGUGGAACAUGCACCCUGAAAAGUGUGAUAAAGGAAUGGCAUUUUUUAAAGAAAACCUUAGCAAGCUUCAGAAUGAGAAUGCGGAGCAUAUGCCAAUUGGGUUUGAAGUUGCUUUCCCUUCACUUCUCGACAUAGCUCGUGGUUUGAACAUUGAAAUACCAGAUGAUUCCCCUAUCUUGAAGGAUAUAUUUGCAAAGAGAGACGUAAAACUCACAAGAAUACCAAGAGAGAUGAUGCAUAAAGUGCCCACAACUCUGCUCCAUAGCUUGGAAGGGAUGUCAGGUCUAGAUUGGAAAGAACUUCUAAAACUGCAGUCUCAAGAUGGAUCAUUCUUGUUUUCACCAUCCUCCACCGCCUUUGCGCUCAUGCGGACUAAAGAUGAAAAUUGCCUCAAGUAUUUGAAUAAUGCGGUUCACAAGUUCAAUGGGGGAGUUCCAAAUGUAUAUCCGGUGGAUUUGUUCGAACAUAUUUGGGUGGUUGAUCGGCUGGAACGCCUAGGAAUAUCGCGGUAUUUUCAGCAAGAGAUUAAGGACUGUACGAGUUAUGUUCACAGAUAUUGGACUGAAAAGGGCAUUUGUUGGGCAAGAAAUUCAAGUGUUCAAGAUUUAGAUGACACAGCAAUGGGUUUCAGAUUAUUAAGAUUACACGGCCACCAAGUUUCAGCUGAUGUGUUUAAGCACUUUGAGAGAAAAGGUGAAUUCUUCUGCUUUCCUGGACAGUCAACAGAAGCGGUGACUGGAAUGUUUAAUCUGUAUCGGGCCACUCAAGUAGUGUUCCCAGGGGAGAAAAUUCUUGAACGUGCCAAGCACUUUUCUUCCAAGUUUUUGAGAGAGAAGCGAGCAGCAAAUGAGCUAAUAGAUAAAUGGAUAAUAAUGAAGAACUUGCCUGAAGAGGUGGCUUACGCAUUGGAUGUGCCAUGGUAUGCUAGCUUGCCUCGAGUGGAGACAAGAUUCUACAUUGAUCAAUAUGGUGGUGAGAGUGACGUCUGGAUAGGCAAAACUCUUUAUAGGAUGCCCUAUGUGAACAACAAUAAUUAUCUCGAGCUUGCUAAAUUAGAUUACAACAAUUGCCAAGCACUGCAUCUAACAGAGUGGGGGAGAAUUCAAAAGUGGUACUCAGAAUCUAGAUUGGGAGAGUUUGGAUUGAGCAGAAAAACACUUCUAUUGGCCUAUUUUUUGGCAGCAGCCAGCAUAUUUGAGCCAGAAAGGUCACAUGAGAGACUUGCAUGGGCCAAAACCACAGCACUGCUUGAGACAAUCACAUCCUAUGUUAGUGAUUCAGAAAUGAAGAAAGCUUUCGUUAAAAAAUUCAGUGAUUGCAUCAACAAGCGAGACUACUCCAUUGGCUGGAGGUUGAACAGGAACCAAACAGGACAUGGACUCGCUGAGACUUUGGUUGCAACCAUAGAUCAAAUCUCGUGGGAUGUACUUGUUUCUCAUGGUCAUGAAAUUGGAUAUGAUAUGCAUCACAUUUGGAAAAAGUGGCUUUCAAGUUGGCAAAGUGAAGCAGAAAAAGGUGAAGGACAAGCAGAGCUUUUGGUGCAGAUAAUAAACCUGAGUGCUGGGCAUUGGAUUUCGGAGGAGCAAAUGUUCAAUCCACAAUACCAGAGUCUCCUUCAAGUCACUAACACAAUCUGUCAUAGACUUAGUUGCUAUCAAAAGGACAAGGAACUAGAGAGCGGCAACUGUGGUACGCAUGUAGACAGCAGCACCACCCCAGAAGUAGAUUCAAAAAUGCAAGAACUCGUACAAUUGGUAUUCCAAAAAUCUCCAACUGGCAUUGACAUCAAUAUCAAGAAUACUUUCCUCACAGUGGUGAAGAGUUUAUACUAUACAGCUUUCAGUGAUUCAAGCACCAUCAACUUCCAUAUUGCCAAAGUUCUCUUUGAUAAAGUUGUUUGAUCAAAUUUAGUGUCUUCAAUAGAUAC